CUUCCUCUAGGGCUUUCUCGUCGUCCUCACUGUUCUGCCCUGGAAGCCGAAGACGCGUCCUCCAAUGGCGGUAAUUGAAAUCUAAUAAAGAACUACCAAUGAAGUAUCGGAUAGUUUUCAUUUAGCUUUUUGUUAUAGAAAGUUCUGUUGGGGAUUGUUGUUUCGAAGGGAAUUUAGGGUUAGGACCCGAUUGGAUUUGGUGAAUGGAGGCUCCGGUUGCUCGGAAAAGGGGUCGGCCGAGGAAACGGAGGAGAGAGGAUGAAGAUGAAAAUGUUGCUGGUGAUGGAAAAGUGGGCCCAGAAAGCAAGAAACAGGUCACCGGGAUGAAGCCGAUUGUGUUGCUGGGCCGAUAUCUGCUGAAAGAGUUUGGUGGAAGUGGAGUUUUUCUCGGGAAAGUUGUGUAUUAUGCAGAUGGUUUGUACAGAGUGAAUUACGAAGAUGGCGACUUUGAGGAUUUGGAGAGCCGUGAGAUUCGCGGAAGUCUCUUGGACGCUAAAGAUUUCAACAAGGAUUUGAGCGUCAGAAGGAAGAAACUUGACGCGUUGGUGUUGAAAAAUGGUGGGAAUUCCAUAGAUGGUUCAAACGGCCGCGGUGUGGAAUCAACAAAGGGGGCCGAUAAGGUUGAACCAUCCACGUCGAAUGAGUUGCAUGAUGGAUCAGUUGCUCAAAAUGAUGAGGGAGAAGUUGACGGUGAUUCUGAUUCGUCAAGUGAUUCUUCUGAAUGUGGUAGGGAUAGGGAUUUGGGUUUUGCAGACGAGGCACCUGCUGUUCCUCCGCCGGAACUGCCACCUUCUUCUGGAUCCAUUGGUGUGCCGGAGCAGUAUGUGUCACAUCUUUUUUCGGUUUAUGGUUUCUUGCGAUCGUUUAGCAUCUCUUUGUUCUUAAGUCCGUUUACUUUGGAUGAUUUUGUGGGGUCGCUUAAUUGUCGUGUUCCUAACACAUUGUUGGAUGCCAUCCAUCUUGUUGUUAUGCGUGCCUUGAGGCGUCAUCUUGAGACACUCUCUGCCGAAGGCUUGGAGCUUGCAUCAAAAUGCGUGAGGUGUAUUGACUGGUACUUGCUGGACACGUUGACUUGGCCUGUUUACUUGGUUCAAUACUUGACAAUUAUGGGAUACACAAAGGAACCAGAGUGGAAGGGGUUUUAUGAUGAAGUUUUGGGAAGGGAGUAUUAUUCUUUACCUGUGGGUAGGAAGCUAAUUAUUCUGCAAGUUUUAUGUGAUGAUAUCCUAGAUUCUGCAGAGCUAAGAGCUGAGAUUGAUGCGCGCGAGGAAUCAGAAGUUGGGGUAGAUUGUGAUGCAGAUGACAUAAAUCCUCCUGAAAAUGGACCCAGAAGGGUCCAUCCCAGAUAUUCGAAAACUUCUGCCUGCAAGAACAGAGAAGCUAUUGGAAUUAUUGGAGAAAACCAUAUGAUAAAUUCAUCAAGUAACUCAAAUUUUCGCGGUUCCAAGAGUACUAAAGGUGAUGUGGAUGCUGCUAAUGCGGACGUUGAUCGAAAUAGUGAUGAAUGUCGACUUUGUGGCAUGGAUGGUACCUUACUUUGUUGUGACGGGUGCCCAUCGGCAUACCACACUAGAUGCAUAGGUGUGAUGAAAUUGUCUAUACCAGAAGGAUCAUGGUAUUGUCCAGAGUGCACAGUGAACAAGAUAGGGCCAACCAUUAGAAUUGGAACGUCCCUUAAAGGCGCUGAAAUAUUUGGGAUUGAUUCAUAUGGGCAAGUCUUCUUGGGUACUUGCAACCACUUAUUGGUGCUCAAGGCUUUGGUCAACGAAGAACCAUGUCUCAGGUAUUACAAUAGGAAGGACAUUCCAAAAGUUCUGCAGAUGCUUUGUUCGUCUGCACAACAUGGAGCUUUAUACUUGGGGGUUUGCCAGGCAAUUGUACAAUAUUGGGACAUACCCAUGAGUAUCACAUCUCUACCAGAAAUGAGGGAAAGAGAUGCAGAUUCAGCAAAGCCAAAAGAAGAUGCCAUCUUACCUACUUAUUCACUUCCUCUUCCUGUCGCGGAUGAUCACAACAACACUGCUAGUAUAAAUGAAAGUAGUAUGGGCGACGUGACAACAUCACUUGAGACUUGCGUUAAUAUGGUUCAAGUUGACUUUACUAGUUCUCAGAUCAAGGCCGAUGGGUUGAUUGGUUCAGUUAGCCAACAUGUUGGUCAUUCUGAUUUCAGCAAUCAAAGUUUAGUUGAGAGAUCAACUGCAGAAGAACUUACCAGUAACUGCAAUUACACUGGGCAUGGAAAUGGUAUUCGUUUUCUAGUGACUUUGUCUUCUCAGAGAAACAAAGGCAAUUAUGAAGCUUUAGGGAAGGGUGAAAGCAAUUCAUUUGAUGAUUGUGUGUACAUGGGGUCUCUUUAUAAACCUCAGGCUUAUUUAAAUCAUUAUAUGCACGGGGACUUUGCUUCAUCAGCUGCUGCUAAGUUGGCUCUUCUCUCUUCAGAAGAAACUCGGGUUUCAGAGACUCAUACUUCGGGUAAUUCCAAAAAAGUCGCAUCUGAAAACUAUUUGCAAACAAAAGCAUUCUCAUUAGUAGCCUCACGUUUCUUCUGGCCCACUUCUGAGAAGAAGCUUGUGGAGGUUCCAAGGGAGAGGUGUGGUUGGUGCCUAUCCUGUAAGGCUACUGUCUCGAGCAAGAGAGGGUGUAUGUUAAAUCAUGCUGCCUUAAGUGCCACUAAAGGUGCUACUAGGAUCCUUGCCACCCUCCGUCCCUUAAAGAGUGGAGAGGGGAGUCUUGCAAGCAUUGCAACAUACAUAUUAUAUAUGGAGGAAAGUUUAUGUGGUCUAAUAGUUGGCCCCUUUCUGAAUGCAAGUUAUAGGAAACAAUGGUGCAAACAGGUGGAACAAGCGUCAUCUUGCAGUGAAAUAAAAGCCCUCCUGCUUGAACUCGAGGAAAAUAUACGGAUUAUUGCUCUUUUGAGUGAUUGGGUUAAGCUUGUUGAUGAUUGGUUGGUUGAAUAUUCGGCAAUGCAAAAUGCUUCAUGCACUGCUGGAACAACACAAAAAUGUGGUCCUGGUAGGCGAAAGAAGCAAUCUGCUAUGUCUGAACUUACAGAUGAUGGUUGCCAUGAAAAAAGCUUCAUCUGGUGGCAAGGGGGGAAGCAAUCAAAGCUUGUAUUCCAGAAAGCAAUUUUGCCCUCUGCAAUGGUAAAGAGAGCAGCUCGUCAAGGAGGUUCGAGGAAAAUCUCUAGUGUAUUUUAUACUGAUGGUUCUGAGAUUCCUAAAAGAAGCAGACAGUUAGCUUGGAGGGCUGCGGUUGAAAUGAGUAAUAAUGCCUCCCAGCUUGCACUUCAGGUCAGAUACCUUGACUGUCAUGUAAGAUGGAGUGAUCUUGUUCAUCCUGAGCAAAAUCUCCAGGAUGGGAAAUGUGCAGAGACAGAAGCAUCUGCUUUUAGAAAUGCGGUCAUUUGUAGCAAAAGAGUUCUGGAAAACAAGGUCAUUUAUGGGAUUGCCUUUGCCGGCCAAAAGCAUCUUCCUUCCCGUGUCAUGAAGAGUAUCAUUGAAAUUGAGCAAAGUCAGGAUGGGCAGGAGAAGUUUUGGUUUCAUGAAAAUCGGGUUCCUUUAUACUUGAUUAAAGAGUACGAACGAGGUGCUAUUGAAGUGCCAUUGCCAUCAAUUCAGGAGCCUUUUAAUUUCUUGCCUAAGUUGCAGAAGAAACGGAUGAAGGCUCCUUACAGAGAUGUGUUUUUCUACCUUACAUGCAAGAGAGAUAAUCUGGAGAUAUGCACCUGUAUUUCAUGUCAAAUGGAUGCUGUAUUAGGGACGGCAGUCAAGUGCGGUGUGUGCAAAGGUUUUUGUCAUAGAGACUGUACAGUUAGUUCAACAUUUUCAACAAAUGAGGAAGUUGAGUUUUUGAUGAUGUGCAAGCAGUGCUACCACGGAAAAGUUCUUACGCAGAAUGGAACUUGCAAUGAAUCUCCAACUAGUCCUUUGCACUUGCAAGUGCCAAAAUACAAGAAUUUGAUGACCGUGGGUAAAUCUAAUAUCAGAGCACAGGACACUCCUUCUGUGACCAAACAAGCUACUUCUGAAUCUAGUAUAGCUGUGAAAAGUCGACGCAAGCAGUGUAAUUGGGGUGUCAUCUGGAAGAAGAAGAACAGUAAGGAUUCAAGCGUUCCUGAUCAAAACAUUAAAGAUACAAGCAUUGAUUUCAGGCUUAAUAACAUUCUUUUAAAGGGGGGUGGCUUGGGUGCCCACAGGAUGGAACCUCAAUGCCACCUUUGCCGAAAGCCAUAUAGGUCAGAUCUGAUGUAUAUUUGCUGCGAAACUUGCAAAAAUUGGUAUCACGCUGAUGCUGUUAAACUCGAGGAGUCAAAGAUUUUUGAUAUAGCAGGCUUCAAGUGUUGCAAGUGCAGGAGGAUAAAAUCACCGUUGUGUCCCUUUAUGGACCAUAAAGAGAAAACACAGGAGGGCAAAAAGAAUUUCAUUCGGCAUUUGAAACGAGAGAAUUCUGGGGUGGACUCUGAUAGUGGAACUGCUUUUUACCCAAGACAAAGUGAAAUUGCGACUCCAAUGAGUGAAAGCAAGAAAACAUGCAUUACACCUUUGAAGCAAGAAAGUUCCGGAGUGGACUCCGAUUCUGGAACCAUUUUCUAUUCCAGACAAAGUGAACCCUCUACUCCAAUGUUUCCCUUGAGUGAAAUUGCGACUCCGAUGAGUGAAAGCAAGAAAACAUGCAUUACACCUUUGAAGCAAGAAAGUUCCGGAGUGGACUCCGAUUCUGGGACCAUUUUCUAUUCCAGACAAAGUGAACCCUCUACUCCAAUGUUUCCCUUGGAGGAAGUGUCCCAACAGGACGAUGAUCCUCUUCUUUUUCCUCUUUCAAGAGUCGAGCUUGUUAUGGAGCGUGAUUCAGAAAUUGAUACUGAAUGGGACACUGGUAGGCCAGGGCCACAGAAAUUGCCAGUUAGAAGGCAUGUGAAGCGUGAAGGGGAUUUGGAUGAUUUUCCGGGCAGUAAUUUUUCUAAUGCUGAAUUUUAUUCGGAUACUAUGAUGGAAAACCCCAUGGAACCUACAGAGAACACAUUGUAUCCUCCUACCGAAUGGGAUAUCUCUGUCGACGGUGUGGAAGGUGACAUAAUGUUUGACGGUGAAGGUUUUGAUUAUGAUUUUGAACCCCAGACCUUUUUCACUUUUUCGGAGUUGCUGGGAGCUGAUGCUCCUGGGGAGGAACCAGAAGAUCAGGGAAAGUUCUGCGCAAUUUCACAGGAUGAGGUCUGUGAACAACAUGGAAUGAACAUUAGCAAUGCAUGGAAUCCCAUGCCAUCAGCAUCUGCCAAGUGUCAGCUUUGUUUCCAUGAAGAACCAGAUCCCGAUCUUUCUUGUCAGAAUUGUGGGCUUUGGGUACACAGUCAUUGUUUGCCCUCGACUGACCAGUCAUCAUUUGAUGGCCUCUGGAAGUGCAACCAAUGCCGAGAGUGGCGUUAGUAGAUUUUGGUGAGUUGCAAAAUGAUGAACUAUAGUUGGUGGAUGAUGACGAGUCGACGACGAAGCAGGCAUGCUUGUUGAUGUUGUGGAGGUACAACAAGCUCGCUCCCCAUCACUUAUGAAACUCUGAAAAUAUUUUGCAAGACCUAUGAGUAUGCUUCGAAGGCAAUCAUUUUCUUCAUUUCCACAAUGGUUGUCUCAAUGGUAUAUAGCCUUUCUUGAUGGCAUGAUUCCUCCUCCGCGGCAAGCUUAUUUUCAGUAAACCAACUAGUGAAAUCAUAGGUAUUUUGUUGCUUGAUCCUUGGAGGUCUUGGGGUUAUUCAUGAAUAUCCCUCAGUUUUCCCUUAUCUUGUGAUGGGGGAAGAAUAUUGUUUCCGAGCCAUGUUCUCUGAACUUGGAAGAUAAGCAGUUUUUUUUUUUCUGUGCUUAUCCGACUAAAUUGCAUGUAAAUGAAAGUUCUACCACACCUUUUGUUUCCCCUCUUGACUCGGGAUUAAAGACUCUAGAGCAGAUUUUCAAAUAUAUUCUUUGGAGAAAGAAUUAAAAGUUGUCAAUGCCGUAUACAUUGA